UCCAUGAAAAGAAGGCAUAUUUGCAUACUGUCCACGUGGCUGGACACGGUUGGUUAUAGAUAAGCCACACACACACAACCCUAGAACAAAUUAACACUAAACAAAAACACACUUGCAAUUGCCGGGGGCGGACCCCUUCAUUCUAAACCCAAUCAUUGAUAUCAGUCUCCUAUUCCACCCUCCCAGUUCUUCCUGCCAACACCACUCUCCUCCUCUUCUUCUUCUUUCUUCUUCAUCUUCUUCCCUUAAACCCUACACUAUCCCACUGUGUAGUACAUACUCAGCAACACCAAAACAUGAUUCUUGAACACUCAAUCUUCCUUCUUACACUCUUCGUUUUCUCACUUUCAAUCCACUUCUGGGGUUCAUCUUGUCAAGAAUCACCAACCAUUUACGAAGCACUCAAAUCAAACGGAUUACCCAUGGGUUUGCUUCCAAAAGGUGUGACUAACUUCAGCUUGGAUGAUUCCGGCCGGUUUCAGGUCUACUUGGAUCAUGCUUGUAAUGCCAAGUUCGAAGACGAAUUGCACUAUGAUCAAAUCGUUUCAGGCAAUUUGACUUAUGGUCAGAUCGGUGAAUUGUCGGGGAUUUCUGUUCAAGAUUUGUUUUUGUGGUUCUCAGUCAAGUCUAUCUGGGUCGAUAUACCCAGUUCGGGUUUGAUUUAUUUUGAUGUGGGUGUUGUAUCCAAACAGUUUUCUUUGUCUUCCUUUGAAACCCCAAGAGAUUGUUUGGCUUCCUCUGUGCCUAAGAUCCUAUCAAGAAAACUCGGGCACGAUGAACCCAAUCAUCAAGAACCAUUGAGGGGAGUUUUAUGAAUUCGGGAUUUGAAGGGUGCCUAAUCAUUCAAAUCGGUACAAUUGCUCAAUCAAGUAAUGGGUAUUUCCAUUUCUUGUAUGUAUAUGUGUUCAAGUUGAAAAGUUAUUAGUUUAGGUUGUUCUAUGGUUCAUCGUUAGUGUGCUUGCUUCAUAAAUUUCUGUCUAGUAUAUGCAAAUAUGUUCAAAAUGAUUGAAAUCAAGGAGAAGAUGAUACACGAAACACAAUGUAGAACAACCGAAGUCAAGAGAAGUGUAAGUUAUCGUACAUGUCGGAGCAAAGGAUCAUACAGGUUCAUUUUCGAUUCUUGGAUUCAUUACAAAUAUGAACAUAAGAUGUUUCAAGUUUUGGUUUUUAUAGUGUUUUAAAUAUUGAUUGAUAAGCCACCCCUAGUUCUUUUGAUUCAAUAAAUAAGAAAUAAGAUAUGGUUUUUAUUGUC